GGGGCCGGGGAGCGCUGAGCUGGUGCUGCUGCAGCCCAUUCACCUGCGGCUCAGAGCGGGGGAGAGAUCGGGCGGACAGUGGCAGCGCCCGGGGGCAGUGGAGCCUCGUACCGGCACCGGGACACCCAGGGAGAUACGAGCCGGGGGUGGGGGGACCCAGACCGGUAGCAGCAUGACUGGGGGACCGGGGAGCACCCCAUUAUUCCUACUGGCACUGAGUGGAGCUUUAAGCGGAGCGCGGAGCCGGGCAUUGGGGGCGUACGAUGGGAACGCGUCCGUAUCCCGCGCCUGCACUCCGGGCUUCUCCGCGGAAGGUUACACCGCGCUCGUGUCGCCCAAUAUCAUGGAAGGACAGAAACUGCUCAAAGUGAAGUUCACCGGCUGCAGUUCGGGGGCGCGGGGCAUUUGGUACCAAACCAGUAACCCGGAUUUUAAAGUGGGCGCAGAUGGGGCAGUGUACACGGCGCGCACGGUGCGGAUCCCGGCCAAGGAAGCCAUGUUUACGGUGUCUGCUUGGGGCCAUGAAACCCCGGAGAAGUGGGAAGCGGCCGUCCGACUCCUCGUGGAAGAGACACCCCUCAACCAAAGCCAAUAUGGGACUGGAAUCCAGAGCCGACAGUCAGAACAAGAGCAGUCUCAGAGUAGUACUCUGUUACCAUGGCGACAGCAUCACAGCGGGCUCAGAAGACAGAAGAGGGAUUGGGUGAUACCUCCUGUUAAUGUCCCAGAGAACUCGAGGGGGCCCUUCCCUGAGCACCUGGUGCGGAUUCGCUCUGACAAAGACCGGGAGAGUAUGAUCCGUUACAGCAUCACCGGAGUCGGGGCAGACCAGCCCCCCAUGGAGAUUUUCAGCAUAGACCCCAUUUCUGGGCGUAUGUAUGUGACCAGACCCCUGGACCGGGAGGAGAGAUCAUCGUACCAUCUCAGGGCCCACGCUGUCGAUAUGAACGGGAACAAGGUGGAGAAUCCCAUCGACCUUUCCAUCUACGUUAUCGACAUGAACGACAACCGACCAGAAUUCUCAAGUCCCAUUUUCAAUGGGUCAGUGGACGAAGUUUCCAAACCAGGGACCUAUGUCAUGACGGUGACGGCGCACGAUGCCGACGACAUCAACACGUCCAAUGGGAUCGUCAUGUACCGCAUCAUGGCCCAGAGCCCGCAGAGUCCGUCCCAGGAUAUGUUUGUGAUUCACAGCGAGACGGGCGUCAUCAACACCGUGGCGGCUGGACUGGACCGAGAGAAAGUCCAACAGUACACCGUCGUCAUUCAGGCCACUGACAUGGAAGGGAAUCUGAACCACGGGCUGUCCAACACCGCCACGGCCAUCAUCACUGUCGCCGAUGUCAACGACAACCCUCCGGAAUUCACCAACAAAAUGUUCAUCGGAGAGGUUCCGGAGAACCGCAUUGAUGUGGUGGUGGCCAACCUGACCGUCGUAGACCGGGACCAACCCUACACGCCCAACUGGAACGCGGUUUAUAAGAUCAUUAGUGGGGAUCCGGCCGGUCACUUUACCAUCAAGACAGAUCCGGUGACCAAUGAAGGAAUUGUUACUGUGGCAAAGCCUGUUGACUAUGAAAUGAAUAAAGCCUUCCUGCUGAACGUCAUGGUGACCAACCAAGCCCCUCUGGCCAGUGGCAUCCAAAUGUCCCUCCAGUCUACGGCAGCGGUGACCAUUUCUAUCACCGACGUGAAUGAAGCGCCUUACUUCCCCAACCGGAACGAGCCAAUCAGGAGGCUAGAGGGAGAGUCGCCUGGAAGGCUGCUGACCACGUUCUCAGCCGUGGACCCAGAUCGUUCUAUGCAACAAGCUCUCAGAUACUCAAAGCUUUCCGACCCGGCCAACUGGCUCACCAUUAACACCACCAACGGUCAGGUCUUUACCACGGGCGUAUUGGAUCGGGAGUCUUCGUUUGUGAAGGACGACGUAUACCAGGCCAAAUUUCUGGCUACGGAUAACGGCGUCCCUCCAGCUAGCGGCACCGGGACCCUACUCAUCCAGCUCAUUGAUAUCAAUGAUAAUGCCCCCGAGCUGCUCCCCAAAGAAGCCCAGAUCUGCGAGCGGCCGAAUGGCAAGGGGAUCAACAUCACCGCCAGCGACGUGGACCGCAAGCCGAGCGCCGACCCUUUUGUCUUUGAACUGCCCAGCGUGCCCUCCAGCAUCCGCCGCAACUGGACCAUCAGCCGGAUAAACAGUAACUACGCGCGGCUCAGCCUGCACAUCGGGUAUUUGGAGUCCGGCAUGUAUGAGGUCCCCGUCAUCGUCACGGAUUCGGGCAACCCCCCCCUCUACAACACGUCCGUCAUUAAGGUGAAGGUUUGUCCCUGUGAUGACAAUGGGGACUGCACGAGCGUUGGAGCCGUGGCAGCAGCUGGACUGGGUACAGGAGCAAUUAUCUCUAUCCUCAUCUGUAUCAUCAUCUUGCUGUCGAUGGUUUUGCUGUUCGUGAUGUGGAUGAAGCGCAGGGAGAAGGAACGCCACACAAAGCAGCUUUUGAUCGACCCUGAAGAUGACGUACGGGACAAUAUCCUGAAAUACGAUGAGGAGGGAGGCGGAGAGGAAGACCAGGAUUACGACUUGAGCCAAUUGCAGCAACCGGAGACGUUGGACCACGUUCUGAACAAGGUUUCUGGUGUCCGAAGGGUGGACGAAAGGCCUGUGGGGGCGGAACCUCAGUAUCCAAUCAGACCCGUUAUACCCCACCCCGGGGAUAUUGGCGACUUCAUCACUGAGGGUCUUCGCGCAGCGGAUAACGACCCCACGGCGCCGCCGUACGACUCUCUCCUGGUGUUCGAUUACGAGGGGAGCGGUUCCACGGCAGGUUCCGUCAGUUCUCUCAAUUCCUCCAGUUCCGAGGAGCAGGACUUUGAUUAUCUGAAUGACUGGGGGCCCCGCUUCAAAAAACUGGCCGACAUGUACGGAGGGGGCGACGAGGAUUGAUUGGGCGCCCAGUAUGUGACCAACUACGGAUCCGGACCUCCUCAUUGUACAGCCAGCCCUUUCUUUUAUAUCAUUCAACCCCCCCGCCCCUCCAUGUCCGCGUUCUUUUUAGCGACACUCGGGGGGGCGCUGGUUCCAUUUUUGUCGCCAAUAGCAACAACUUUCCCUUUGUGUUGGGUUUUUACUCUUCUCUAGGAGACACUGAUACCCCACCUAUCAAUCACCCCCCCCCAAUGCCCGUCCCUGUGUUCGCGUAGACUUACCCGCCAUUCACUUUGAAUGUAUCGGUACCGGUACCAGCGGAGGUACAAGAGGAACCCGUCGGCCCAUUGUUGUCUCCUGGCGAAAGGUAACGUAACACAAUGGGAAAACGUGGAUAGAAUUGCUAAUUAGUUCUAAUUGCUUUGUGUACAAGCCUUGCACAAGGGUAAUGGUGCAAUACACUCGGCUGCCCAGAAGUAGGGGUGCACCCAAUCCACUGAACCCCGAAUCCGGCCGAAUACAGAACCAAAUCCAUGGAGGGGAUUAAGUCAACCAGGCUGGGGUCGGAUUGGGGGGUGCAGGUCCCACUGGAGCUACUGCCUCAAGGGUGCCUGUACCCCCCUAAUGGGCCCCCCCCCGCAGCCUUCACACCCGCUGCAGGGGCCCCUGCACCCCCGCCACCCGUCCGACUCCGACCCCUGAUGGGCAGCUCGGGGGAGCACCCUGCGGGGAUCGGGGCCCACAAAGACCAGGGUCCAACGGGUUUUUCCCAGUGUUCCAGGGGCCCAGUUUAACCCUGCGCUCAGUUUGCGGCAAAAAAAUUUUCAAUUUACGUGUUUUUGCGACAAAAAGUCACAUGAUUCUAAGGAUACGGAUUCGCCAGAAUCUUUCCUGGAUUCAGUGCAUCCCUACCCAGAAGUGAAUGAGUUAAUCUGCCAUUUUUUUUUCUUUUUUUUGUACAUUUUU